AGACUUCGGAUGCCUGAUUGUCGUUUCUCCAUUUCAUUUGAUGGGGAAAUUUUAAAAAGAAGUCAAAAUUUUAUGACGAGCUUAGAUAACCAAAAUAGCGACARAAAUAUUUAAUGAAGGGCUGAUAUGUAUUCGUAAGCUAUAUUUCAUCUCGUUAUCUAAAGGAUUUAUCUGUCGUUGGCGUACAGUGUUCGGAACUCAAAAUCACACAAUCCAAGAUGGCGGAAGAACAGAAAGAACGAAGAGAAUUAGUAAUGAAGAUAACACCAUUGGAAGAUGAUUAUGAAGUGAACUGGACCAAAAAACUAGGAUCUGGAAUUAGUGGACCAGUGAGGGAGUGUACGAGUAAACGCACUGGAGUAAAAUAUGCUUUAAAAUGUUUAAUGGAUAAUCCAAAAUCAAAGUCUGAGGCAAGGUGCCAUUAUAUGUGCUCAGGUCAUUCCAACAUUGUGACUGCCAUUGAUGUGUAUGCCAAUAAGAUUGUCCUUCCUGGCGAGAUGAAACCUUCACCAAGAAUUUUGAUGGUUCUAGAACUAAUGGAAGGAGGAGAGUUAUUUGAACAAAUAAGGACAAGAAGAAAGUUUACAGAGAAAGAGGCCAUGAUACUUACUUCAGAGAUAACACAAGCUCUUUACCACUGUCACUCAUUCAAUGUUGCUCACCGAGAUCUAAAACCAGAAAACCUACUGCUUGUUAGCAGGGAUGAGGAAAUGGUGGUUAARCUUGCAGAUUUUGGAUUUGCAAAGGUUGACCAAGGUGAUCUUGUAACCCCACAGUUUACACCAUACUAUGUUUCACCUCAGGUAUUAGAAGCACAAAGAAUUCACAGAGCACAGAAGUCUGGCCGRUUUCCUUUCCUAGCAAAACCAUACACAUAUGAUAAAAGCUGUGACAUGUGGUCCUUGGGCGUGGUCAUCUAUAUCAUGCUGUGUGGCUAUCCACCGUUUUAUUCAGAAGUACCUCGGAAACAGUUAUCUCAAGGCAUGCGACGCAGGAUAAUGGCUGGACAGUUUACAUUUCCUGACCCUGAAUGGUCUAAAAUAUCAAAUGAAGCUAAAGAUGUUGUUUCAAAGUUGCUUUGUGUAGAACCAGGGCAAAGACUCAGUGUGGUAGAACUGUUAGAACAUCCUUGGUUACAACACCAAGACAAGAAUGAUGAGGAUGUUAUCCUGGAAACACCGGCAAGGAUUACUGCUGAUGAGGAAGCUUUCGAAGAAGCCAUGACAGCGCACAAUGUACGUUUAACAGAAAUGAGAAUUUCAGAUCGAGUUGUGUCAUUAAAGUCCAUAUCAAAAGCUCAUAAUCCUAUACUGGAGAGACGAAAACACAUAGCAAAACACAGGAUGGAUGAAGAGGCACCAUCCAUAGUCCCUUCACAAGUGGACAAUGUCAACCAGGACGCAAUCAAGUCUUUACGAGAUGUGAUAGCAUUCUGCAUUAUGCCUCCAAAAAAUAACACAGAGGAAUAUUGUGCAGAGGAGGAGCUAAGCAAGCUGGUUAAGAAAGCAUUAGAACAUAACUCGACAUCACAAGAACUAAAGGAUGCUCUAUCACAGGAAUCGUGGCAAGAUGAUAAAUUCUUGGAUUCGGUCGAUAAAAGACGUUUGGCUAAGGCCGUCCGAAGUAUUGUACACUCGAUGCGUGCUUACAGUACCAUCAUCUUCGUCGUCGUUAUUAUCGUCAUCAUUAUCAUCAUCAGUGUCAUUGCUUGCAUUAGGGGAAGUAGAAAGUUGUAUUGAGAGGAAGACGCUGGGGGAUUCGCAGUAAACGAUUUUAAAAGGAUUGYAGCCCUCCCCUUUCGCUCAGCCGGGACGAAAUUCAAGACUUUCYUWARCCAACAAUAAUGAAACUGCUUUCAUCAAAAUAAAAAAAAUCAGGCUCUCCACAAGAGUUCAAUUUUUUACUAGUGACCCUCUCCUCUGAAGCUCCAGCCCUUCCCAAGAAAACAAAUUUUACCUUUACUUAUGUUGGCAGAAGUAGCCAAUAUCCCUUGUUCACACGCUAGCACACCUUUAACACACCCUUAAAGGUGUUUAAGAGCGCAUCUCGUGUUUCUUUAAAAGCCAAACAUUUCCAAGAACCAAACACGAUUUCUCAUAUUUUGGCUUCCGUCCAUUUAAUUUAUAAUUUUUUACGACUGUCUGAGUUUGUACUUAAUUUGCGAUCGAUGGCAGCCAAAAUCUCAUCCAGAUGACUGUUCACGUCUCAAGAAAACAGCAAAGAUCACUAAAAAAUGCAACAAGCGCGUGCAGAAAAAAAACAGAAA